AUGUUCCGCAAUAACUACGACAACGACGCGACGACGUUCUCGCCGACCGGGCGGAUCUUCCAGAUAGAAUACGCCUUGGAGGCCAUCAAGCAGGGCUCUGCAGCCGUGGGGAUCGCGUCCAAGAACCAUGUGGUUCUGGUGGCCCUGAAGCGGAACGCAGAGGAAUUGGGCUCGUACCAGAAGAAAAUCAUCAAAAUUGACAACCACAUGGGCAUAGCAUUGGCCGGCCUGGCGCCCGACGCGCGUGUGCUCUCGAAUUUCCUGAGACAGCAGGCCAUGUCGUCGAAAAUGGUUUUCAAUCGGCCGCUGAACGUGGCCAAGGCGGUGUACUCGAUCGCAGACAAGGCACAGGACAACACACAAUCUGCCGGCGGCCGUCCAUACGGCGUGGGGCUGCUGGUGGCCGGGAUCGACGAGAACGGCGCCCAUCUGUACGAGUUCCAGCCAUCGGGAAGCGUGCUGGAAUACGUGGGGGCGGCCAUUGGCGCAAGAUCCCAGGCCGCUAGAACGUUUCUGGAAAGGAAGUACGAGGAAUUUGCAGACGCCACCAAGGAACAGCUGAUAGAGUAUGCGCUGACAGCCCUCAGAGACACGCUGUCGCAGGACAAGGAGCUGAACUCGCUGAACACCACGGUCGCCGUCGUCGGAAAAGGCGAACAAUUCACGAUUUACGACGACGACGACGUUCAGCAGUGGCUAGACCGUCUGGAUAGCCUGUCCAACGCUAGAAAUAGAGACGAACCACAGCAGGAGCAGCAGUCACAAGAACAACCUGAGCAGCCAGCAGAACAAACUGAGCAAUCCGACAGAAUGGAUACAGACGAGUAG